UUUAAUCUGUAUUCAAACGCAUGCGCCUUGAAACGAAUUACUGAAGUGUAGUAAUUUAUGAAUUUCAAGUUUUUCUUACAAACAAAAUGGGGACACAAACAAGAAAAACUAAAUUUUUAAAUACUUUCCUUACAAUUUCUAAUCGUGAUCAGUCAAGUAUAAGAGCUUUCUAAUUCUUCCGUAGAUAUAAAUAGGGCAUUAUGAUGAAUUAGUAAUAAAAAUAAUCUAGUCAAAUAAUUUUUCAUUUUAUUUUUAGUUCAUUAAGGAUUCUAAUUCAAAAUGUCAGUCACAAUUCUACAUUUUAAUGAUUGCUACAAUGUGGAAAGCCAAUCCUCAGAACCUGUGGGUGGUGCAGCAAGAUUUUGUACAGCUCUUAAAAGUUUUAAUGAUUUGGAUCCAUUAAUUUUAUUUAGUGGUGACAUUUUUGCUCCUUCUAUAAUGAGUACUUUUACAAAAGGUGAACAGAUGAUACCGGCUCUAAAUUCCUUUGGAGUUCAUUGCGCUGUUUUUGGAAACCAUGAUUUUGAUUUUGGUGUUGAUAUCUUGACUGAUUUUGCCGUACAAACUACUUUUCCAUGGCUGAUUAGUAAUGUUAUUGAUAAUGAAACUGGAAAACCAUUGGCUAAUGGGCUUAUUACUUAUACAUUAGAAAACAAAGGAAAAAAGUUUGGGAUUAUUGGACUUGUUGAAGAAGAAUGGCUUGCAACACUUGCCACCAUCGAAGCUGAUGAAGUUACCUACUUUGAUUUUGUUGAAGAAGGCAGAAAACUAGCAUUGCAAUUAAAAGAACAGGAAAAAGUAGAUUAUGUCAUUGCCUUGACUCAUAUGAGAAUGCCUAAUGAUGUCCGUCUCGCAGAAAAUGUGGAAGAGAUAGAUCUGAUUUUGGGAGGACAUGAUCAUAUUUAUGAAAUAAAACAAGUGAAUGGAAAAUAUAUUUUAAAGAGUGGAACAGAUUUUCAGCGAUUUUCUAAAAUAACUUUAACUUUCAACUCAAGUUCUGUGGAUGUACAAAUUGAAAAUAUAGCUGUUACAUCUAAGUAUGAUCCAGAUCCUGGUUUAGAUGAAGAACUCGAAAAGUACAAAAGUGUUGUUGAUGGGAAAAUGGAUGAAGUUUUGGGUGAGUUUUCAGUGGAUUUGGAUGGCAGAUUUUCAAGUAUCAGAACUCAAGAAACUAAUUUAGGAAAUUUCAUAUGCGAUAUCAUGCUAUCUGCAACACAUUCCGAUGUAGCACUUUUGAACUCGGGGACUUUACGAUCUGAUAGGAUUCAUCCAAAAGGCCCUUUUACUAUGCGAGAUUUAGUUACAAUACUGCCGAUGAUGGAUUCAUUAUUAGUAAUUAGUAUUUCAGGGGAGCAAUUGCAUAAAGCACUGGAAAAUGGUGUUUCUCAGUACCCAAAGCUGGAAGGUAGAUUUCCUCAGGUCUCUGGAAUGACCUUUGCAUUCGAUCCUAAUAAACCUCCUGGACAGCGAGUUGACCCACAGUAUAUUAAAAUUGGCGAUGAAUAUUUAGACUUUUCGCAGCAAUAUAGAUUGGUAACAAAAGCUUAUUUAUGUCAAGGCAAAGAUGGAUAUGAUAGCUUGAAAAAUUGUAAAACUUUGAUGAGUGAAGAAGAAUGCCCUGAAUUAUGUACCAUAGUGCAAAAUCACUUCCAUGCUAUAAAAGUAUUAACUGGAGUUGUGCAACAUAAAACAAAUCACCGACAGAGUUUACUCUGCUUAUCAAGGAGGCAUAGUGCUGUAAAAGUUUUAGAAGAGGUUGGCAAAUUUCAAGUUCAUAAGCCCAGUGACCAUCGAGACGUUACUGAUUCUCAUCAGGCACUACCUGCUAUAGUUGAUGAAGUUGAAAAAGUACAAUGCAGAUUGCAACCGAAAGUUGAAGGUCGAAUUUUGAUCAUGACUGAUGAAGUUCGUUUAAAGCUUGAAAAAGAGAAAAAUGAUAUCUGCAAUUGUAAGGUUGCCAUUAUCUAUGAAACAGAUGGUGAAGCUAUCCCUAUAAUGUGAUAAAUGUUAACUUUUGAUUAUACUAAUUCUUUUGAAGUAUCGCUCAUAUUACUUAUAUUCUAGUGCAAUCACUGUUAAACCCAAGUGUAACUUAAAGAGAUUUAUGUAGAUGUUUUACUUGUUGACAAAUAUAUAUUUAUACACGUAUAUACAUAGAUUUAUUGUCUUUUAGUGUUGACUCAUAUAUUAUUUUGUAGUUAUUUUACUUAAAUUAAGUUUAGAGUUUAUAUGGCUGUGAAGUGUACCUUAUUUUUAAAGGUGAUUGGGAAGUUUGGAAGAAUUCCUAAAGGAGAUUUUUGGCAUUUUCAAUUUGCUCUUCUUAAACGAAAAUGCAAUAGCUUAGUUUUACAUUCAGUUUUUUUUUUUUUUUUUUAACUCUGAAUAUUCUUGUUGCUUUAGAGGUGAGGUUAGUGAAAAUUAGUUUUUUUUUUCUACUUAUGCUAUAAUAAUAUAAUUAUUAUUUUACAUUUAAUUUAAUGUUUUGUUUAUAUGUUUUUUGGUAGGUGGAAUUUUUUCUUGGCACAAGGUUUCUUCUCAAAUUGAUACUUUAAAUAUGAUAGUUCAUAAGUUCAGAAGUAAAAACUAAAUUUUUUACUUAAAAGCACAUUUAAGACAAAUCUUAUCAAUGUCUUUUGUGUAUGAUAUAUAAAUGUGUACAAUUAUGAUGAUUAAUACUUUUGCUUUUAAAAUUUAUUUUAUUAAAAACACUUGCUUUUUUGUGUAGAUUCUCUCAUU